GUUUCCGUUCAAAGAACAUUGCUACUACGGUAUUAAAAAAGUGGUUCUCUUGUUGAUAACCUAAUUUGGUUAUCGCUGCGUUAUAUUCUUGGCCGGGUAUUAAAAUUCGCAGACACGACAGUUAUUUACAUUUCUUUCCCGAUAUUUCGAAGAAAAUGAAGUGUAUAGAAGUGCAUUUCGUUUUAAUUAUUUUAAAUGUUUUUCUACACGAAUAUUCAAACGUGGUAACAGGAGAAGUACUUUUUAAGCCCGAAAUAAUCCACGUCGAAGACAUAUGUAGGAAAAAUGAAAUUUUUAGUCGGUGCCAGGCUCCAAAUUGCGAAAAGAAUUGUGAUAAUGUUGAUAUCUGGGAAUCCAUGCCUUGCAUUCAGACAAAAAAUUGUUUAAGUGGUUGCAUCUGUGACAAGGGAUACGUACGCGACAAUAAUCAAGGAAUUUGUGUUUUGGAAAACAGUUGUCCUAGAAUUAGACAUUAAUUUUAUAAAUAGAAUCAUUUUAGAAUAUUUGAUAGAACAUUUAAUGAUGAAAACAUAUAUCAAAAAAACUAAAAAUUAAUAAUUUACGUUUCUUUAAUCAAUAUAUUU